CAAUCCUUCCAAGAUGUUCAAGUUCGUCGCCGCCGUUGUCCUCGCUAUGAUUGCCUGCGUUGCCGCCAAGCCCGGAAUCGUGGCUCCCCUGGCCUACUCCGCCCCCUACGUUGCUGCCUCUCCCUACGUGGCGGCGUCUCCCUAUGUGGCGUCUCCGUAUGUGGCAUCUCCCUACGUUGCCUCCCCGUACACUGCCGCCUACGCUUCUCCGUACACCGCUGCCUACACCGCUGCUGCCUACGCCUCCCCCUACGCAGCCGCCUACACAGCCCCUUAUGCCGCUGCUGCCGCCUACACAGCCCCCCUGCUGCUGAAAAAGUAGAGUACACACCGGAAGUGCCACCCGCCCACCUGUAACCUGAACGGAAGUCGCAUGAAUUCUCUCCUGCAAUGAAUCACUGAAAUAAAC